ACAGCACAGAACCGAAAACCAACAACCAAGCAGUAGUCAGAAAACUCCGCGUAUCGCCGUUUGCCGUAUCCGCGUUUUGCUAAGCAGAUAAAAAAAAACUGCGUUUACGGAUAGCGAGGUGAUUGCGUGAUUCUACGUUUCUAAAUUCUAAUUUCUCCAAUGUGUCGUUUCUUGAAAUUAUUUUUUUUCUUUGUAAAUACAGAAUCUGCAAAUAAUUAAUAUUAUAAUUUAAGUUUUUUCAAAACAAUUAACAGGUGACAGCUAGGGUAUCUAACACAGCAUGAAUUUUUCAACUGGCUUUUCUUCUAAUAACUAUUUCAAAAUUCAUGAAGUCAUAUCGAAUGGUAAAAGAAAAUAAUGAUGGCCAAUCUCUCUGAUCUAGUUCGCUCUCACAACGCUGAAUCUCACUGCAUCCAUUUGAAAAAACCGACUGGAAAAAAUGAAGAAGAUGGAACAGAGGAAUCAAUUGAGAAUGAUUAUCCUAAAAACACCAGGCCUCUCGAAAGUCAAGUCGCUGGUCACGAAUUCAUGUGUGGAAAAAUAAAAAUAGGCAUGCUGAAACAUGAAGAUGGUUAUUUGAUGAAACCAAUUGUUCGACCUGUACAGGGCGAAAGAGAAUUGGCAUUCUAUGAACAAGUUCAACAAUCAUCCGAUCCAAUACUCUCCACGUUCAAAACAUUCAUUCCCGAAUAUUAUGGAAGUUCGGUAGUGAAGGUGAAUGGGACAGAAGUGAAAUUUAUUUUGUUAAAAGACAUGACUCAUGGAUUUAAAGAGCCCUGUAUAAUGGAUGUGAAGAUUGGGAAGCAAACUUGGGAGCCAGGAGCCUCUGCAGAGAAAGAAAAAUCUGAGAAGAUAAAGUAUGCUGAUUCGAAAAAUGCUUUAUCAUUUUGUAUACCAGGAUUCCAGGUUUACGAUGUAAACUCAAAAAUAUAUUCGAAGUUUGGAAAAGAUUACGGGAAACAAAUGGAUGCAAAUGGAGUUUAUGAAGCACUCAGAAUGUUCUUAAAUCAUGAAAGCGGUGCCAGCAAAUACAUUCUUCCUCCAGUCAUUGACCAGUUGCGAACUGCAUUGGAAUUGUUCAAGAAUCAAAAAGUCUUCCAUAUUUACUCCAGCUCAAUUCUGAUGGCAUACGAUGCAGCAGUGUUGCGGCAGCUCAAUGCAUCUGACUCCCAAAACAGUGUUCAAAGUCAACAAAUAGGACUAAAGUCUUGGUACUGUGUGUCACUUAUAGAUUUUGCUCACGUUGUUCCCGCCAAUGACCAACUGGAUUUCAACUAUAUUUCUGGAAUUCAAAGUUUGGUUAAAGUUCUUGAAAAUAUUCAGUCAAGCUAACCGUUAAAAGUACAUCGAUUUCUUGCCCAAUACUACUUUACAGACAGUAUUAUUCGUUGAAAAUUUAUAUAUUGAGAAAAUAUAGUGAAGUCAUUUAAUUUA